AUGGAUUCAACCUAUUCAACGAAGUCCGAUUAUGUGGUGUGGGCAUUGCUAACGUUGAGAAAUACGGUCCGGACAGCAUCCCCUGGAUUGACAGUAAUUGGCAUUGUCGAGGCAGGCACCGAUGUUGUCGAUCUCACCUCUCGUCAAGACUGGCAGGCUCAAGUCGACAACAGCAUUCUGUUGCCCACGGGACUGAUAGAUGAUGUCUCUCUGCAUGGGAUCCUUUACAGUCUCGAUCUACAGGCAGACAUCCACUCGACGGCCUUCCUACGAUGGACGUUUGAAGCUGCUCAACAAUCACAAAUCAAGUUGAAGAUUACGUAUUCUGAAGGAUAUAAGCUUGAGCCGCGACCAUAUCCUUUCUUCCGUACAAAGGCAGAUCGUUUGGAUUCAACCAACGGCCACCUCAUCGGUCCGUACGACGAAGUUGUUCUCGACCUUACUGAAAGGCAGACUGUUACCUAUGAACCAUUCUGGUUCAGGACUUUCCGGGUCAUGUGCCUGGAAAUCACAGUGGGACGCAUGCCAGUCGACAUGGUGUCAUUUAAAGCGAAGCAAGUCAAUUACCCCCUUGAUGUCAAGGUCAGCUGGAAACAACCUGAAGGCGUCGACAGCGACAACAUCUGGAAGGUCUCGAUCAGGACGUUACGUAAUUGCAUGUUUGAUGCAUACUCGGAUUGUCCUUUUUAUGAGCAACUUCAGUAUUCUGGCGACAGUCGGUCGGUUGGAGUCUUCCAUUACCUCCUCGAUCUGGAGACGACCGACUCAUGCAUCAAAAAUUCACAAACUUCGCGGCAUCCGUCACCAUCGAAGGCCUCACACAAGCUCGCUUCCCGUCACAUGUGCCUCAGCUCAUUGCCGGUUUCCCACUUUAUUGGAUACUGCAAUGGUGCCAGAUAUAUAGGCUCGUUCACUGUCCUCGAUCUGGUCAAAUCGGGCUUCGAGGUGAUUGUGGUGGACAAUCUCAGCAUUGCCUCCGAGAAGGUGUUCAACCGCCUUGAGCAGCUGUCGGGAGAGAUCGUGAAGUUCUACAAAACCGACGUCACCGACCCAGCCGGUCUGGCCAAGACGUUUGUUGACAACCCUGGACUUUAUCCUGUGAUUCAUCCCGCGGCCCUCAAGGCCGUGGCAGAAAGUCGAAUCAUCCCUCUGGAGUAUUACUAUAACAACGUCGGAGGCACCAUUACUCUGCUGAGGUGUAUUGUACGACAUAGUUCCAUCGACUCAUUUACAGCUCGAGCGCGACAGUGUACGGUGAUGCUACCCGAUUCGAAAACAUGGUUCCAAUCCCGGAGGAAUGUCCACUCGAGGUUGUCAAGCUUUGCCACAGCAGGAAAAGGCCGUCCAUGGGCGAAAAAAGCUCUUCCUCUGCGGCUUCCUUCAUCAAAAGGUACAUGUUGUGUAGUGCUUGAGAGGCAUUAUUGA